GAAGCUCAUGCUUCUACUUCGCGAGCUGCCUUCGCCUUUUGCCGUGCUCUUUAGCUGUCGGCCGGAGUCUACAGUCGUUUCGGCUUGGACUAAAGCGCAAGAUCAGGGUCUUGUGAUCCCCUGUGAAGAUGUGAAUCAAAUUGAACGGGACACUUUCCACACCAUCCGUUGCAUGGUGGACGAAGGAUUUCACGAUUUUAUCAAGGACUCCCUGGCAUGGGAACCAUCUGAUGAAGAUCUUGAUGUCUUUGCGACAGGCUGCCGUGGAUUGCCUAUUAUGGCUUCAACUCGAAUACGUGAAGCACGGUCCCAGAUUCAGUACUACGGUUCUUCUCUUAAAUCGGAGUUUGAAUAUUUCCGUAAUCUUAACGAAGUACCUAUGGAUCUGAAGUCGGAGUACUUGCGAAUAAUGCGACGAGCCUACAUGCGGAGUUCAUCCGGUAUUCGUCCACAUGUGGCCAAGAACUAUCGCGAAGUAGUCGGCAUACUUGUUGCCGCAAGCUGGAGUGAUCUUGGCACUGACGACAUGUCACAACUGCUAGGAAUUGCCGAGGAUGAAGUACGCUCAACACUAAAACCCAUCAGCUCGAUCGUCGAUCUUCCUUCAGACAACGAGCAGACUGUCAAGUUCUACCAUGCAACGGCAAAGGAGUUCAUUACAGGAAAUCCCAUCGGCGAGAAACAAGAUGAAGUAUUUUUUAUUCAUGAUGUCGAGGGGUAUAGCAUUGGAUUACGACUUGUUCGAUUUGUAAAUGAUGUCAUUCAGAAGAACGAGUUUGGCAUUCCCACCAAACUUCCUUUGGGAGACAGAAGGAAGUGGGAGCUCUUUCAGAGCAAGCAGAAACCUAGAGUUGUCAGAAAUGUGCUCGGGCACUUGUUCUCUCACUUGGACCCUUCACUGCUCUUUUCACAAGAAUCUAAUGAAUUGCAAAGAGAGUUUGAACAAUUCCUUUCAAAUAACUUACUCUCAUUCUUCUCAUGGCCCCGGACAAUUCCUUUAUUGGAGGAAUGGAAGUCGAGUGUACAUCCUUGGGAUGUUUAUCGAUCAGGCCUUCCAUUCACUCCGUCGUCAUCACCCCUCCAUGAAUUCUAUGGCCAUAUCUCAGAUCCUGUUCGAGUCUUCAGUGUAUCCGGCGAGUUUUCCGGUGCCUUGAUUCCUUUGAGCGAGGAUGCACGUGUGGCUCAAAGGGUCAUGAUGUCAAAACUGGUUGAACUGCCAAUGGCGUUCGAUGAACAUGGCUGGGAAAAAACUAAUUACGAAGCCGAGUUCGCUGAACAUGAUGUUCGCAACGGAAUCGUGACCUGUGCAGCAAUUUCUCAAAAUGGUUCUCAUGUUGCCCUUGGCUUUGGAAACGGGGCCAUUGAGGUUGCUGACAUCCACCAUCAGCGAAUAAUUUCUCGAUUCCAAUGCAAUCCUCCCAAACCUCCGGUUUGGAUCGAGUUUAUCCACGGUGACAACGUUCAGAUUGCCACUGAGGAUACUGAUGGAAACAUCACUAUUCUCGGUCCUGGAACAAGUAUGGCGAAGCUUGGCACUCUCUCCAGUGGUUGUUUCCCUGCUGUGACUGCGGUGUCGAACGAUGGAUCUUUCAUCAUACGAGUCCCACACAAUCUCGGCCAGGCUUGGUACGAGAACAUGGCACUCAUAUGUUUUUCGGGCAAACCAUCCGUUCAGCUCCUUGCAUCCCCUCCUUCCCCUUCUCAGUCUCCCCAAUCCCACUCUGGUCUAUCCAUCCCUCAACGUCACACAGUUCGAUUCUCUCCAGGGGGCCGAUAUGUCGGUGCUUACGAUACAAAGUGUGCAUUCGUCUGGUCAACAGAUUCACACAACUUGUGCAUUGCUCAAUAUCGCGUGCAGAAUUUCAAGACUUGGAUUUUCAACACUGGUCUUGAACCCCCUUGCCUGCAUGACAUCCCUAUGCCUGUGCUUCGUAACCCCACGUUCCCUUUGAUUCCGCAAAAUGGUGCAAGUCAUCCACGGAGUACUGAGACAGAUUUAGGACACGAUGCGGAAGAAUCCUGGUUGAAGCGCCCUUUUUACGACCUCUCACCCAGCAUAAAAAGUAGCAGGGACCGCGCUAUUAAAGUCUAUUCCUCCGCAAUGGGAAGGAUCCCAUUAACUGCUACCACC